GCUUGAAGGACAGCAAAUACGUGCUGUCACGCACAUUGAUUUUCCUCUUGUACUAUUUACUGCUGUGUGUGUGUGAGCUACUACCAAAGAGACUCAAUAAGUACUUACAAGAAAGAAAGAACUCUAUAUCCUUUCAUUCAGCCGUAAUGUCAUCUGACGCCGACCUCGAUGCGAAGCUGACGGAGCUGCUCCGAGUCAUGGUGAGCCGGCUGCCGCCCAACAAGAAGCUGCCGACCGCCGUGGUUCAGCAACUCCUCCGCACCAAGUACGGCGAAACCUACUCGGAGGCGUACGUGCAGAGCCACGAAGCCUUCAUCGCCGAUGCGAUUCUGCAGCUGGCGAUUGCGAAGGAAAACGCGGCUGCGGUGGUGAAGCACAACGACUCGUCGUCGGUGUCGUCCUCCUCUGCGGCUGCGUCGGACGACGACGAUGCGAGCGACGAUGAAAGUGACGAGGACAGCGAUAGCGGGGAAGAGGAGGAGGAGGAGGACGCCGCCGAGGACGAGGAGGUCAGCGCGGACUCGGAAGAAGACGACGAGGGCGAUGAUAACUCCACAGAUGACGACUCUGAUUAUGACGACUCCGAUGACGAUGACGCCGCGCCGGACCGCAAGAAGGCCCGUCAGGAGGAGCUCGACGCAAUUACGCGGAAGGAGCAGCGGCAAUCGCAGCAAAAAGAGUCCACAAACGGCGAGGCGGCCGGGAGUAACGGCACGACGGUGACGCUGGCGGAGCGCUGCAAGGCGAUGGCGGAAUGUCUGCGAAAGCUGAGCUACCGCGUGCGUGCCCCGAGCGAGUCCGAGACGCUCGAGGAGUACCUUCACGGGUUCCUCAUCGCGGAGUUCAAGAAGCACGAGAUGGACCCCGAGAAGUUCAGCAAGUCCGACAUCAAGCGCUACCGGAUCAAGCGGGAGGUGGAGCUGCUGCAGCAGGAUGGCGCGAGUCUCUCGUUGGACCGGCGCAACCGGGCGGGCCGCGGCUUCAGCAAUGUAGUCAUUGCUCCUGACGGCGGCGCACAGGCGGCCGCCGCUGCGCCGGCGAUGGUGGCCAAGCAGACCUCGAUGUUCCUUGACGACGAGUGA